CAUGCCAUCUUCACUAGGCAGUCAGCUAGCAGAUUCUUACUGGGCACCCAUCAUAUGCCACACGCUCUGCUGGGCACUGGGGGUACAGUGGUAAGCCCGACAGAGAAACAGGUCCGCCCUCCUGUCGGCUGCAGAAGGCAGGCAUUAAAUGACUACAAAUAAUUAAGUAAAUUACAAGAGUGGAAAAUGCUUUAAGGAGAGUCCCAGGGCAUUAUUGGAUGCUAUAAUGGGCGACCCCACUGUCUGAGGGUAAGGGAAGUUGAAGUUCACCUUACAGAGGUGAAGUUUAGGGUGAGAUCUAAAGGCUGAGUUGGAUUAGCCAGAAGAAGAGGGGGUGGAGGGCUUUCCCAGCAGAGAAACAGCCCUCGGGACAACUCUAAGGUUGGUGGAGGAGAGUGUGAGUGAUCCAGGACCAGAAAUGUCUAUGGCACCAGUUGAGAGUGUGGACAGAGGCCACGUCACGUGGGGCCUGGUACCCAUGCAACAGAAAGCAGACUCAGUCACAGGGCAGGAGGAAGCCACUGAAAGGGUUUUAGCAGGGGAGUGACAUGAUCAUAUUUGCCUUUAACUUUCAAUUCCACUUGGGUUGCUGUAAGGAGCAGAGUCCGGAGAGGGGAUAGAACGCCAACCAGGGAGACCAGUAAGGUGGCUACAGCAAUUGUCCAGUUGCAGAGGAAAGUGGUCACUUAUGGUCAGAGGAGCAGCCUGCUCGCCCUCUCCAGGUGGGGGCUGUGUACACAAGUGAGGAGGAGCCUUCACGUGGCCCGAUGGGCCAGGACGUGUCAGCUGAAGAGGCUGAUGCAGUGCUGGGGCUGGACACCGAUGGCGACCACAUGGCGAUGUUGUCUGUAAUUCCCGGGGAGGCUGAGGACAAACUGAGCUCAGAGCCUGGCGGCGGAACCUGCAGGGCUGGAGGGGAGGAGGACGCGCGGUGCAGUCUCGGAGAGAGCUUCUUCUCGCUGGACAGCGCUGGAGCAAGCUUCCCUGAUAGAGAAGAGGAGUAUUACACAGAGCCGGAGGUGGCGGAAUCGGACCUAGCCCCGACAGAGGACUCCAAUAACACUGAAAGUCUGAAGUCCCCAAAGGUGAACUGUGAGGAGAGAAAUGUGACGGGAUUAGAAAAUUUCACUCUGAAAAUUUUAAAUAUGUCACAGGACCUCAUGGAUUUUCUAAACCCAAACGGUAGUGACUGCACGCUGGUCCUCUUUUACACCCCUUGGUGCCGGUUUUCUGCCAGUUUGGCCCCUCAUUUUAAUUCUCUGCCCCGGGCAUUUCCAGCUCUUCAUUUUUUGGCCCUGGAUGCAUCCCAGCACAGCAGCCUUUCUACCAGGUUUGGCACCGUAGCUGUUCCUAACAUCUUGUUAUUUCAAGGAGCUAAACCAAUGGCUAGAUUUAAUCACACAGACCGAACACUGGAAACGCUGAAAAUCUUCAUUUUCAACCAGACAGGUAUAGAAGCCAAGAAACAUGUGGUAGUAACGCAAGCUGACCACGCAGGCCCUCUCCCCAGCACGCUCGUAAAAAGUGUGGACUGGCUGCUUGUUUUUUCCUUAUUCUUUUUAGUUAGUUUUAUUAUGUAUGCUGCCAUUCGAACUGAGAGUAUUCGGUGGCUGAUUCCAGGACAAGAACAGGAACAUGCAGAGUAGUGAUGGACUGAAAGGAGAAGUCAGAAAGAGGAAUUCCAAUCCUUCAUUUCAGAAAUUAAUGCUGCAGUUUCAUACAUUUUCUCCAGUGAAGUGUUGACUUACAACUUGUCAGAUUAAAAGAAUCAUGCGUUUGAACUGCUGAAUGUGUAAAAACAUUAUAAACUGGUGUUUUAACUAGUAUUGCAAUAAGCAAAUGCAAAAAUAUUCAAUACAACUUACCAUUCUUGUUUUUACUACUGGAACAUAAGCCAGUAUUUUAAGGGAGUAAUCCAGUUUGCAAUGUGAUGUAUUCUGGUGGAAUAGUGAGUAGAAUGGCAAUAUGCUGACUUUAUAGAAGGCAGAAAUAGGAUUUUCAGAUUCUAGCUUUAGAAAAUUCUUGAUUCCUUAUAUAUGUCUAAGAAGGUUGGUUUUCUGUACAUUUGCAGUUUCUCUCUCUCAGUCUAUAAGCAGGAAAGUGUUCUGUUAUGGGAAAAAUAACUAGAAUUGAUAAGUGUGACCUUACAAGUAGCAACUAAUGGGAAAAUAAAAGAGUCAAAUACUU